AUGGAUUUCAUCAUCAGAUCGAGAGCAAACAAAGCUAUUGUGGAAAAGGGACCUACACCUUUAUACGCCGAAGAGCACAAACUUUCAUUAGCUAAAUACAAAGAUUUACAGGAUCUGUGUAACAAAAAUGUUGUGUUGAAAUGUAUGAAGCAUGAUGGAAACGUACGUGAUGCUUUAGCUGAAACAGAUGAGGAUGAGAAUUAA